UUAUAUUCACCUCUACUCCCUCUACCGCCUCUUCGUGCUCUCAAUUCAAAUAAAAAUAAACGUCUUCGGAAUUUGUUUACAAUUGCUACAUUCGAAAUCUAAAAUAUAUUUGAGUAAAUUUGGCAAGAACAAUCAGUAUGGACCUAGACAGUCUAAUAACAAAAUGUGAAAAUGAAUUGUACCUGGGGUUUACUUAUGUGGAAUCCAGUGGACUUAAUUGGUUGAAUAAAGUUUGUGCUGAACUAUCAUCCAUCUGUCGCUGCCUUCAGCAAUCACUUGCAUCAAAAACAAAUAAAAAUCCAAACGCCAUCGAAACAUCAUUGCUCUGUACAUCACAAAUUGUUUGCUGCAUUAAAUACCUCGAAAAGGCUUUAACAAUCGAAGAGAAGGACAAAAUUGUGCUGGCGCCAACUCGUCAGUUUUUCUUGGAUCGUAUUAUGUGGUGUCUUUCACACAUUAAAACGAUUAGUGAUUCGUGCACAGUCACCGACACCAAUUUUGUUCAUUUGAUGGACGUGGCUUUGGAUUUACUAGCUCCACUAACAUUAUUUGGUUCAGAGUCGAACACGACGAACAUUGCCGAGCACCAUGCUGAGGCGUCCAUUGAAAGUGGUAAAAUUCGCUCAGUUGUGGACUCAAUCAUUGGUCAGGUCUUGAAUUUCGUUAAUGUUACUUCGGAUGAUGAUAAAAAGCCACUGACUUGUAUGUGUCAGAAAGUCUUGAGAGAUAGCAUUGCAUUUGAGGAGGCAUGUUCGUUGUUAAAAGGCAUCCCAGACGAGCAAAAUCGUCGACUAAAAGCGGCAACCUUGGAAAAUUCGCUCUAUCAAUUGGACAGAUGGGUAAAUGACUCCCUGUUGAAGCUGGUCUUUACUGUCUUCGUUGAAAUGAAAGCUGAUCCAGUCCAGAAAUUGAAAGAUUUAUGUGAACGUGGUAGUGCUCAGGAUGAAAUUGACAAACAAACCGAAGGAAUCGAUGGAAUUUAUGAAAAAAUUGUCCAGAUUGGUACUUUUGCAAUGUCGUUCUCAUGGGACUACAAAACUAAAUCAAAUCUGCAAAGUAGUCUCGCAUCGCUUGAAGCUCUUGACUCAUUCCUCAUUCCCGCUAUUUUGUCACACUCGAAAAUUCAUUCUAUCCUCCUGCAGAGUCAUUGGAACGACGAGAUUGGUGUGUUGAUACACAGCAUUCAAAAUAUAAUUGAUACGCAAGCGUUUUGUAGUUGCAUUAUCGACAUAUUCAGUACGUCGAUCAAUUCUUUGACUCAAACAUUUGACAAGGAGAUCGUCCAAAAUCUACUUUUCCAAUGUGACGUACUUAAUCAGCACUUUCAAAUUAACUAUAACGAUCUGGAGCUUGGAACUGAGUCACCCAGAUCGUUGUACUUGAAAGAUUUCCAUCUUAUGAUCAAAGAAUGUAACGCAGCGCUGGUGUUGUGCAAGGAAGAUGAAAAAAAUCGAAUUAUCAAGAGGGUGAAAAUAUUACUCUCCGUUCUGAAGAAAUUUCACUCUACUUUAAAAGCUCAUGAUGAGCCGAAGGAGGCGAAAAAUCUAACAUUCGGUGAGGUGACAAUGCCAGCGACUAAAUUGUCAUUGAACAUAAAGACGAGGACUGAAAGUAUGGAAGUAUUGCGAAGUGACACAGUGCGAACGGAACAUUUUUUCGAAAGUAUGGGUAUUGCAGCGACACCAACCAAAAAACUUCUUUACGAAUCGAAACGAGAAAAAUCCACUGCACGAAAACCAACGAUUUUGGACAGCACUUUUAAGAUCAAGACGAACAGUGAGGAUAUUCAUGAUAAGGAUAAUUCCAAGCCGUUCACACCAUCUAGGAGAAUUCAAAGAAGACCGAGUCUUAGGCGCGUUGCUCUGUUCAAACAACGAUCCAAGGAAAGUGAAGCCAAACAGUAUGAAGAUGCGUACAAUGAUGACACUCUUGAUCUGCAUAUAACAGAUAUUUUGGACCAAAUAACCGAUCUCUCGAACACUUUGUCCUGCAAUCGUAUGUCAUUGGAGCAAAAUUCUGAUUUAGUUUGAGUCUGUGACAAUAAUAUUUUCACAAUAAAUGUUAUUUGGCAGGAGUCGCUAAAAGCUA